GCGUUGCUAUGGCGACGAGGCAGCUGGCCAGGCAGCUAGGCAUUAUUCGAAGUGUUUCCAAGCCGUCUCCCGGUGACCAAACUCGCAACCAACGUAAGCUGCGACAGCUGUUUGACUACUUAAUAAUUAUUGAUUUUGAGUCUACUCUGUUGGAAGGAUGUCCGAAGAUGUCAAGAAUAAUUGAAUUUCCAGCAGUUCUCUUGAACACCUCAAAUGGAGAAAUUGAAACUGAAUUUCAUAUGUACGUCCAGCCCCAGGAACAUCCGACUCUCUCUGAAUUUUGUAUUGAGCUAACUGGAAUAAAACAGAAUCAAGUCGAUGAAGGCGUUCCACUGCAUAUAAGCCUAUCCCAAUUUUCGAAGUGGAUUCACAAGAUCCAGGAGGAGAAAAAUAUUGUUUUUGGUUCGACUUGCGCUGCUGCUCCUGAAGAAAAAUUGUGUGCCUUGUUACGUGAUUGGGACCUGGGAAUUUGCUUGCACUAUGAAUGUAAAAGAAAACAGCUGCGGAAGCCUAAUAUUUUAAAUUCGUGGAUUGACCUACGGGCCACUUACAAGAGCUUUUACUCUAGGAAGCCACAGGGUGUAAAUGGCGCAUUGAAAGACGUGGGUAUCACUUUUGAAGGACGGGAGCAUUCUGGCCUGCACGAUUCUCGGAAUACGGCGCGCCUGGCUUGGAAGAUGAUUCGUGACGGGUGUGUAAUGAAAGUCACAAAAUCAUUAGAUAAGGCAACUCCGGCGAAGAAUUCCCUGGCCAAAUUUGGGGGUGGGAAACCCACCCAGGGUGGCCCUUUGGGAAACAACACCCUUGUCAAAGCGCCACCGUUGGACGAAAGCGAAAAGGAAGUCCCCCCUGAAAGCGAGGGAAAAGAGGAAGACCUACCACCAGAGACGGUCUGCGUGGGCUUGUUCGAGGACGCCCCUCUCGCAUCUAGAAAGAGCGCCAAACAGAACUUAACCCUGUCCAUCGGAAGACCUCGCCGGCCUCUGGGUAAUCUUCAGCACCCCUGCUAUAGGCCUUCAGGCCUUCAAAGUUGGGGGAACAAGGACCAACUCAUUUCAAACCCUUCCAUGCCCAAUCGAAGGCUAGUUUUGGUCCCCACAACACUUUCCACUGUCACCGUAUCCGAGACCGACAUCAGCACCACUCCAGAUUGUCUGUCCAUGUUGGCCGACUGGGAGGACGCCGCCAUCAUCCCUGAAAAGGAAGACGACUCGGAUCCAGAAUCCUCCCCCUCAAACCAUAACCCCCCAAUUAAGAGCGCCUUAGUGACAGAAGAUAGGGGCAAAUUGAUGAAUCGGGGAGAUGAACAUAGGACAGACGCUCGACCGAGUAGAGAGCUCUCAACAUGUGUUGUCUACAAGAGUCCAAAUACGACUAUUUACAACCCAGGCCGAACUCCCAAGGAACCUUCAGAUGCUUCCGUGUUUAAGCUCCCGGUUUUAACGGCGGAGGCCUCUUCCCUCAACCCACCAGGCAGAAAUCUUCCCGCCUCUUCGACCGAGGCCGUCAAGAGGAAGCCCUCCAGCCCCAGAUCUUUGCCACCGGCAAAAAAAACACCUUUCAGCAUCUACGAGGACGGAAGCUCAACCUCGAGAAGCUUCCUGUCUCCCGGGGCCAAUCGUGCAUCGUCUCUCCCGCCUUCUUGAACUCUCCGGGCAAUUUCAACCCGACUUUCCGGGUAGCGGAAACUGGUGAGGGUGACUCCUCCUUUAUGUCGCUGUGGCCGAAGAGCUAGAAGGUUGAAUGUUUCCAACGGCGGCCCUAAUCAGGGCAAAGCAUUUUACAGCUGCCCGGUGAGAAAAUGCGAAAGGAAUACGAAGGGCUGCAACUAUUUCCGAUGGGAGCAUUCGCUUCUAAAGGAGAAAAUGUCCCUUCCGACUUCGGCUUUAGGGGCUGGGGGCUUAAAGCCGUUAAAAACUCAGGACCCCUCCCGGGAAAUGUUCAACCAAAGUGCCUGAAUCUCCGUCCUUCCAUGCGGACCUAGGAAGAGGGUGGUUUUUUUCCCCUUGCCUUUUAUUGGGGAAAUGAAAUAUUUCAACCUUUGAAAAGUUUAGCUCUCUUUUCUACAAAGUGUAAUCGUGUUUAGAAGCAUCGCCGAAACUGUGUGUGCAUUUCGCAUCUGGUUUCGUCUGAAUGCAGUGCCACCAACUAACUGUCUUGUCUUUUAAGUGUAUAUUUUCUCUUCUGUUUUCUUGGCUACCUAAGUUUGACUUUUUUUCUACUAUUUUUUUUUUUAGGAAUAAUCAUGUUUGUCUAUACUUUAAAUCUGUAAGCCGGACUGCUGCGCAAUUGCUUUUUAAAGACUGGCUUGUAAAACUCGCACACCACGCUUUUAAAAUGUUCUUUUAAAGUAUCCUUUAAAACAUUCUGGAU